CCUGUUCCAAUAGUCCAAGCAUGAAGAUGCAAUGAUCUGUAGGUUGUUUACACGAAGUUUGCACACACUAAGAAUGGCAGCUCCGAAAAAAGUAUCUAUAAUAGGCUCCGGAAACUGGUAAGUUUAUCAUCUGAGGUAUCUAGCUACCUAAAUGAAAUCAACUUAUUGGAAGAAUCGCGCGCAAUCGAAUACAGAGCCUUCAAAAUCUGGCGAACACCGAACGACUGUUUUUAUAUAAUUUCUUCUUUCAGGGGUUCUGUGAUAUCUCGUAUUGUGGGCGCAAAUGUGAAAGACCAUCCGGAUUUAUUCCAACAAACGGUGCAGAUGUACGUUUAUGAAGAGCUAAUUGAAGGAAAGAAGCUCACAGAAAUUAUCAACACGGAACACGAGAAUGUGAAGUACCUCAAAGGUUUUAAACUGCCGGACAACAUUGUAAGUUCAUUGGGGAAGCGGGUUGAAUGUAAACUGCGAUUAUGUCAACAGAAAAUUGUUCAUCCCUCAAUAAUAAACUCAGUCUUCAACAUCCCUUAAAGACGUGAAAUCCUUUUUUUUUAUUACCUAGUCGGAGGGUGUUUACCUUUUAAAUCUCGCUAAACACUCAAGAAAGGAAACAUUCUUGAGGUUUAAUCACAAUGGAUCUAAAUUAAGUUCGUCAUUUUAAGUGGACAUGUCAUCAGAUGGCAUCGUGGCACUUCAGAUCUGUAGAGCGAAACCAUAGUCACCAAAUUUGCAUACAUAUUUUUCACGUAUUGAGGAAGGAUGAAUGUCGAUCGAUGUUGUUUUGCGAUGUCUGUAUUGAUUGUCUAUUUGUAAUUGAUUACAUAAUAGAUUGACAAAAAUGCAAGUUUUUACAUUAUUUUUAACCAAACAAAAGAACAACAACAAAGCAUGAGAUUGAGUCGAUAUGCCUGAAUAACCAUUCGUUUCAUUCAGUAGUUAAAGAGGCAGGAAAACAAAGUGAUUUCUCAUGAAUAUGCCUCUUUCCUGCUAAUUUCAUCAUAAAUUUGGAAUAACCUUUGGAAGGUGACAAAGGUUAUUCCAAAAAAUUUGAAGAAUUUAGGGAAAUUUUUAAAGUUUGUAACUUUCUUUUUAAGCAAACCAGCUUGUUCAGUCAGGAGAUAAUGGUAAAAAAUAAGUUUACUUUGAAAGCAAAACUGACCCACAUCAGUAUCAGUAAAUAACAAUUUUGCUUUAAAGGAGUGGCUUUACCAAGUAGCUAGUUAUUUGAUGAAGGAAAUACUAAGCUAUGCUAAAUGAAUAAUUCAACCCCUGGUUGUUUCAAUUUGGCUUUGACUGAAUUCUCUAAUAUGAAGUGUUUGUGAACAUGGUGACUUCCAAACAAAAGAAAUCUUAAUUGUAGCAAUAUAGACCUAUUUACAGUAUUGUCAGUGGUUUUAAUAAGUCUGUAGUGAUGGUCAAACAACUGAAAUUUGCAAGGAAUUUCCUAAGCUAAAAGGGACUUGUCAUUUAUUUUUGUUAUGUCUUCUCUUUUAGGUAGCAAAUCCAGAUGUAGUAGACGCGGCCAAGGAUGCAGAUAUUCUUGUGUUUGUUGUACCUCACCAGGUUAACAAUUUUUUGUGUGUUUUUUUGAUAAUUUGAAUUGUUUGCAGUGGACCAAGCUUGAAGCAUGUAGAAAUAGCAAGGAUUUCUCUGCAAUUUAGGUCACUGAACCUUUUUUUUUCCUUUUUUUCACUGACUAAAUCAGUUUUAAUUAGGAAGACUGAUAUAACCAUUUUCUAACCCUCUAAUUCUCCUCUCUAGCUGCAAGACAUUUCCUUAUAAACAAGUUAUGAGAAUUUCAUGUUAGAUCUAGGUAGCAAUUUCUACUUGAUAAGUUUAUGUACUCUCAUCACCUGUUUUUUGGAUGAUGUAUGGAUAUUGUAAGGAGAAGUUGCAUGUUUAUGACUACGGCAAGUUAAAGGGUUAAUACUGCUUGAAACAUCAUAAGCAUGUUUUAAGGACUUUUCAGCCACAUCUAGAAUGCAUUCACCCUUUCACUUCCUAAGUUAGUGAGUUAGUUAUGCCCUUUUGGAGCAUUAGUCAUCAAUGAUUUCCCUUCUCCAUCUUGUUCCAUCCUGGGCCAGCCUUAAGAGUGUGGUUUAGGUGUGGCCCCAGUUCUUCAGGCUGAACAUCUCCCCACCAAGCGUCGUUUGGGGUGUCUUCUUUUCCAUGAGCCUUGAGGAUUCCAUUUCAAGGCUUGCCUACAGUUACUGUCAGUGGUAAUACUGUGAUGAUGUUUCCUCAAGGAUUGGCCCAUCCAUUUCCACUUCUUCCGAUUGAUUUGUAUUUGAAUGGGUACCUAACCUGAACUGAUCUUCACAUCCUAAGACUUGAAUAUAAAUUCAUCCUAUCAGAUCAAAGAAUUUGUCUUGAAUUUAAUGUUAUCCUCCAGUUGAUGUAUUUAUUCUUAUCUUACUGCUUGAAAAUGUGUCAUUGUUGUAAAGAUAAUUUUUUUCUAAUUGUCCACCUUGUGAGUGAAAGGGUUAAAUGAUUUUAGUUGCUUUUCAUUCAAGGUUAUAGAGAUACUCAAACUGAAAUAUUUCUUUGAAAUGUUUACCCUUAACCCUUUAAACCCUAAGAGUGACAAGCAUCUAAUUUCUCCCUACAAUAUCAGCCCUGAAUCACACAUUAAGGUCAUGAGAAUAAAGGAAAUGGUCACCAGGGAAGAAACCUUUUGAUUGGCAAAUAAAUUCUCCUUGUCAGCACUUUAGGAAAUGUAUAAGGAACAGUGGGGAGAAUUUACAUACUAAUGUUAGGGUUUAAAGAGUUAAUUAUUCAAACAGACCUGUUUUAACAGUCUAGAUUACUUUCCUCCUCAUCAGUUCUUUUUUGAGAUUUUUGGAUAUGAAAAAAACCUCAUUUCAUUGACAUAUUAUGUUAUAAAUAAUUUUUUUGUUUUAUUUUAUCAGUUUGUAAAGGCAGUUUGCACCAAGAUGAAAGAAGUGGUGAAACCAGGUGUAAUUGCAAUUUCCCUUAUAAAGGUAAAUGACAGGUUAAUCCACAAGAUGGCAUGUCAAACCUUCUUCUUUAAGUAAGGGGUUAUAAAAUGCUCUAUGUGUAUAGCAGUUAUCCUUUGACAAGAGUGUAUUCUGACAGAAGGUUGUAAAACCAAAGUCAUCACUAAAGGUUAUUGAAAGAAAAGAGGAGAUCACAGGGAGCCCAGGAGAGCUCAGGAGAGCUCAAAGUUAAAACAGGCAGUUUUCCUAGAAGUGCAGAAGGUACAAAAGGACAACAAGGCUCCAAGCUCAAUUUUAAAAUGGUCGCCAUUAAAAAAAAAUUGGGUCACCAUGCCUAUGUGUAUCUGGGAGUUAUAAACUACGAGAGAGAUAGAGAAACACAAGAGAUAACAGUGUUUGUUUUUUUUUGAUAAUUCAACCAGGAUCGAGAUCAAUAAAUUUUUCAGGGUUUUUCUUUUUUCCUUAAAUCUGUUAUAUGCACAAGUCUGGAACUAGUCAAUUAAAAUUUCCCAGGCAUUCCACAAAGGUCAUUUGAACUUCUGAGCAAAUUCUCAGGGUAGAAUUGAUUUGCGCAUUUAAAACUGUUAAUGGUAAAUUAUGCAGCUGGGAAAUGGUUGUUUUGAAAAUUCAUUUGAUGGCAUUUCAAUGAUUGUUAAGUUAUAUCAGCAGUUAUGGCAAAAUGGGGUGAAACUGUCAAGCUAAAUAUGGCAGACUAAAACUGUAACAGCUCUUUUUGAUAGCUUUGGAACCAAUUCCAAACUUUUAUUGAAAGCAAAACCAAUGUAAUACCCAAUCACCUCCAAAACUCAAGUGCUAGUCGCUUGAAAAUUAUGGGUUCAAUUCAAAUGUCUUGCUGGUGAAAUUGUGUCCUUUUUUGACAGUUUGGCAUCCCCUGUGAAUUCAUGAGAAUUGAUGCAAUUGCUGACAAGACUCACAUUAUGACUUGGCAAGAAUGCCGAAAGAACAGCAUAGACAGAAAUGAGGCUCUUAAACGACAGGCUAGCAUCAGGGCAAGUGACCUUCAACCUCAUCAGUAGUUCAAGGGAUCUGUUUACAUGGUGGGAAUGGAGUUGAUUCGAGCACACGGUUGACAAUAAUCAUAUGAUGGGCAAAAUAAUAAAAGAAAAAGAAGUGUAACACUUUCAAACAGUUGAAAUUUACAUCUCUGAAACCAAUUUUUUGUUCUAGACCAAAACAACAGCUGUGUUUUUUUUAACUUCUUUUGGGGAUGUUGAUCUUGGUGCAAUGAUCAUCUUCCCACCAAGUUUACAGUUCUCAGUUAAAAAAAUAUGUUUUAAAAGUUCUUUGUUAAGAAAUAAAAUUUGUGUUUCUCUAUAUAUUUUUUGGAUACUGAUUUGAAAAAAUUCAGUCAACAAUUUAAACCUAAGAAUACAGUGCACAAUCAAAUGAUUAGGAAUGAACAAGGAACCACACUGAUAACCAAGAUUUCAAUGUGUUGAUGAAUUACCAAGAAACUUGAUUAUUAUACAAGUUUGUUAUAUUGCAAGUUCUGUUACUGGAAGAUCCCUGUGGAGAUGGUUGGGAAGUUUAUAAAGGCACUUGCCCUGAUGGUAAUAAACUCUUGAAGAAUCUUGAACUUGAGAAUUUGGGUUGGAAGGAUUGGUCUUCAUAAGAAUUGAGUCACCCUUAUCUCUUUGUUGAGUCCUAUUACAAAUCCUUUGACUCUCUAGAUCUGAUUUGAAAUUCUCCCUUCCACCUGUCAUACAUUUCUUUGUAUGUAAGCUCAGAGAAAUCAAUGUUAUAUCAAGAUGACACCCAUUAUGUAUUCAUACUACUUAUUUGUUGUUCAUUGUUUUGUAAAGGAAAGUGACACAAACAUUCAGAACAGUUUUGUCUCACUUUGGUUUAACUUAUCUUAAAGGGUCUUGAUCAUGCAAGCACUGGAAUUAAUCUUGUGUCGACCAUGAUUAAAGAAGCUCUGGAAAUUCCUCAUGUCAGUGUCUUGAUGGGAGCAAACCUUGCCAAGGAAGUAGCCAGAGAAAUGUUUGGAGAGGCUACUAUAGGUAAUAUAAGGGGAGAUUAAGUAUUGAAGGAAAUAACUGCUGGUGCUGAUUUAAAAUUCUGUAAACAGAUAGCACAGAAAACAAACUUCAGUAACUUCUAUGUCUAAAGUCCAAAUGCUAUACCUGGUAUAAACUCAAAAGAAUGAGUCCCCAGCAGUUGGAAAUUGUCUUCAAUUUUUAAAACAAAUUUAUAAUCUGAAGAGGAACACCACAAUGAUAAAGACUUACUCAUACUGCCCUUACUGUAACUUGAAAGGAAGGCCUUCAGAGCAUUUAGCUUUGUUUGUAAAUUUACCCUGUUUAAUCCCUUAACUUGUAAAUUCACUCCUCUAGCUGCUAGAAAUUUCCAUGUAAAUUAGUUUUGGGGAUUUGGUUUUAGAUCAAGAUUACUUCUACCUGAUAUGCUUGAGUAUUCUUGUUACCUAAAAUCUUCACAAUGUAUGAUUACUAUAGAGAGAAGUUACAUGUUAAUCACUUCUGGAAGUUGUUGUCAAGUUUACUUGACACUAUCUCUCUUGUUGUGCAUCCAUCUGUGCAUCUAGAAAUUGACUUUGUGGAGAUUUCUUGAUGUGGAUUCAUCCAAGAUCAUGUUUGUAUUGUCCCUAGUAUGAAAUACAACACAUGAUUAGUAGUAGUUUUUUUUAUUUAAUAUACAGUUAUUUUUAAUUCAAACAGGUUGUCGUAUGGAAGAACAUGGUCCCAUCCUUAAGGAUUUGUUCCAUACAGAUUAUUUCAAAAUCAAUGUUGUGUCAGAUGCAGACACGGUUGAACUCUGUGGCUCACUUAAGGUUUGUUCAAAUCAGGAUACUUCUUUCAAUAAACAAAUUUUAAAACUGCAACAGAACUCCACUAGCUUGAACUAUCAAGUUGACGCAUAACCCAGAGUCUGGAAAAUAAAAAGAAUGGUUUGCACUCAAAAAAUGUGUAUGAACCCUGUUAAAAAAUAGUUUAUUUUAUCCAGAAAUUUCAAGUUAGCUGAUGGUGAAUGGCAUAAAUUUUACUUCAAAUUGUGAAGUUUGGAUUAAGUUUGUUCAAGUCAGGGAGAAUCUGGAGUCGAGUAUAUGUUUUUAUAUAAUUAUUGAGUAUUUAUGUUUUUUAUCUUUUGUAAUUUCAUUCAAUUCAUUUAUAAAGUUAUGUGUAGUUAAUGAGGAAUGGUGUAACAGAGAUUGACAGAAAUCUUCUCUUCUUCUUAGAAUGCUGUGGCAGUUGGAGCAGGAGUUGUAGAUGCCUUAGGGUAAGAAAUGUUCUUUGGCUCAUUUCUCUGAGAGAGAAAUGAAUAUGUAACAGAGUUACUUAAACAAAGGUUAAGGAAGAUAAAACAUAGGGUCAGGGGCAGAAUUUUUUUCCUUGGAUGUUUUUACUCUCUGUUUAAUGACGAUGUAAUCCUGUCAUUUUUUCAGUUAUGGUGACAACUCCAAGGCAGCAGUCAUUCGCAUUGGACUCAAAGAAAUGAUUCAGUUUGCUCGAAGAUUCUACGAUGAUGUCAGACUGGAGACUUUCUUCGAAUCAUGUGGAGUGGCUGAUUUAAUAACUACUUGUUAUGGUGGAAGAAACAGGAUAGCUGGAGAAGAGUUUGUCAAGGGAAAGGUUUGUAACUACAUGCACCAUCUCCCAAAAGAUUGCAAUUUCAAUUCUGUGUUCAUCUUCUCUAUCCAUCAACAUCCUUGUUCCUUGUGUUUGUUUUCCUAUAUCUAGGGCUGUCUCCAUCCCUGUAAAGCAUUAUUUUAAGGUUUCAUUCUCUUUUAACCCUUUAACUUCUGUGAGUGACCAAGACAGAAUUUCUCCCUACUGUAUCUGUACAAUAUCAUGCAAACAAGUGACGAGAAUAAAGAAAAAUAAUUAUGGGAUUACUAAUUGAUCUGAUACCAAAUUCUCCAAACUAACAUAAUGAGAAUCAUUUGGUAGACAGUAAGGAGAAUUACCAAAUAGAUCUUAGGAGUUAAAUGGUCAAGAGCCAAAAUGUGGCAUUGCAGCUAUUUAACACAAAAAAGCUGAAUACUUAGUAACCCUUAAACUCUUAAGAAUGACUGGCAUUUAAUUUCUCUUCACAACAUCACCCCUGAAUCAAACAUGGUCACAAAAAUUUAAAAAAGUGAUCACCAAAUGAAGAAGCCCUUUGUUUUUAAACAAAUUCUUCUUAUCUCUCAAGAACAGUAUAGAGAAUAUGCAUACUUCUUCUGAAAUGUAAAUACGCUAACUUCUUCAGCAAAAUUCAAGAACGUUCAACACAUGUAAUUUAGAUUAACCUGAGGGUUAAGUUUGAGUACAUUUAGUCUGCAUGGGAAGUUUUUGAGUGCUACUUUGAGUUAAACCUCAAAAUCUUCAUGAGGAAAACAUAUUGCAUGAAUUAUGCAGAUAUUUAUUUUUGUACCCUGCAGUUUCCUUGGUUCACUAAGUGUAAGUUUGUCUCAUUAACCCUUUACAUCCUGACAUCAGUAUGCAUAUUCUCCAUACAUUAUCUAAGCUGCUGAGAAGGAGAAUUUCUUUGACACUUAUGAGCUUCUUCAGUUGGUGAUCAUUUUCUUUAUUCUCAUGACCUUACUGUGUAAUUCAGGGAUGAUAUUGUAAAGAGAAAUUUGAUGCAAAUUACUCUAAGGGGUUUAAUGGUUAAAUUUUAGAUCGGAGUUAAUUGUCAUGUUUUAUUAUUUGGAUGGACCCAGAUAGGAGUCUAAGUCGGGUGCAUGAAAUUUUGACAUUUGAAUUAAGUCUAAUCUACGAGUUAAAUGAUUUUGAAAAUUAGUGCUUAGAUACUAACCCAUAUUUUUUCUGUAUUUGAUAAGACAUUUGAAGAAGUUGAACAGUACAUACUUGGAGGGCAGAAGCUUCAGGGGCCCCACACAGUUUAUGAAGUGUAUCAUCUUCUCAAGGACAAUGAUUUGCUUUCUGAGUAAGUGUCUGCUUGAUAUUGCUCACAAAUCAGUACCAGUAUAUAGAUUAUGAAUUUGAGUUGAAGAACUUUUUUUUGCAAUAAUUGUAACCCGAAUUGCCAACACAAAUCUCACCAAACAGGAAAGGAGUAAAUAAUUCCAAAUAUAUUCUUUGUCAUCUUUGCAUGCUUUAGGCUAUGUUUGUUUGUUUAUCUUUUGUAGACUUUGUGAUAUCCAUUGAUGAUAUCUUAACAGCUAGAAGUGUUGGCAGGUGACUGUAACAUACAAACUGCGCUCCAAUUACCUCAUCUGAUUUUGGAUUUUUUCUCUUUUUCAGGUAUCCUCUGUUUACUGCCAUCUACAAUGUGUGUUUUGAGAAGCAUCCUCCUUCAGAGAUGAUAGAAGUCCUCAAAAGACAUUUGUAGAACUGAGUCCUAUGGUUGUAAUCAUGGUGUCAACAUUGUCUUAUAUUUAUUCAAAUUUACAAUGAUUUAUAAUAUUUUUUUUGUAUAAUGAGUCCACAUGGCAACAUGACGUAACUUUACCUGAAAUAUAAAGUUUAAUACUCUAGACUAUGAGCAGUCCUUCCUUUUCUGCAAAGUCUGUGGCGUUAGUAAAAAAAAAAUAGUAAAAAAACUGAUGUAAGUGUGUUGCAUGGAACUCUUUGGGCCUCACUUCCAGUGUUCCAUACUGCUGUGUGCUAGCAUCAAUCUUUUUCUUUGCCGAUUAUUUUGGAUGUCUGACAGAAUUUGUUAAAAGGAGCAACUGUUGGUAGUCUAAUGUUACUCAGAAAUUUACAGUUUUGAUGAAAAUUUAUAGCCCAAUUCCAAGUUCAAAAUCCUUCCGUUUGAAAAUUAGGCCAGGUGCCUGUGAAAAUGAGUUUUAUUCAUGUGAGAAUGCCUUUACACUCAUCUUGAAACAGAGGCCUUAGACAUCUAGGAAGUAGCCUCAUAUUCUUCUCAAAGGAACCUUCAGCAACUAAAAUUAACACAUGCUUUAGUUGAUCCUCUGCCCUGGCGGCAACUCCAUUGAACAUUGAAUUAUUGAAGCAGUUAAACUAAAACAGAAAUUUACAAGCACAAAACUUCAGCUAGAGAAAAAAGAGUGCACUCAACGAAUAACACUUGCAUUUGUUGCUGGGUUGCUUUAGCUGCACUGAAUGAGACUUGAACUUUAUUAUUAAUUACUACUCAUACCAGUAGAACUAACCGAGAAAACUACUGCAAACAAUAAAUUUUAGCUUUAUUAAUGUUGAUAAUAAUUCUAAUUAUGGGAUUUAGCUAUGGACAUUCCAGGCGGUUUUUGUCUACUGUUCUCAGGUUGAUUUGGAAUUUAGAACUAACUACUUAUCCAAAUAAGUUACUCUAGAUUUUUGCAAUAAUGCAUCCCACAGAAGCCAUGAAAAAUUAAAACAUUUUCAAACAAAACAAUGUUAAAAAGUGUUAAUGAACUGGUGUUUGGAUCUUACGGACAUAUGACUUAAUUUUUUAAGGCUUUCAUAUUUGUAGAUUUUCUCUUAGGUAAUGUUUAUUGACAUUUUCAUCAUCAUCAUCAUCAUUGAUCCUGUUUUCAAACUUUUUCUAGAAGAUAUCAAUGUGGACAUGGUUGUCACAAGGAGAAGGGAAGAGUCAUUUAAAAUAUUUUUUCUGUAUUUUUUUGGUCCAGUAACAACACUCAUCUCUUAGUUAAAGUUGUCCAGGUAGAAUUUGCCAAAAUACC